AGUCUAUACACUGUGGUUUACCUUCAGGGGACCAGCCAGGGACCUAAGUCCCCGUAAUGUCAGUGUGUGACCUGUGUCCACUCACAGUCAUUUAAACAAGUUGCCACAGUUGCCUCUUGUUCCAGCAGUGCUCUGGCAUUCUUUUGUCUCCAGGGUGACGACUCCUCCGCCCCAACGGUCCAACCCUCUGUCUCCAUGGUGAUGCCUGUCUCUGUGCCCGUCCAAUCUAAAGCAUGUAGGAGUGGACAGAGGCGAGGCAGUCAUCCGUCUCCAGCCACAGGAGUUGCUGCGCCGCUGUACCGCAGCCUGCUGCACCACGGAGAAGAGGAAGCUGUAGCUGAGGAUGGUGAGGCAGGUGAUGGAGCGGUUGCCAUGGGUGACGGUGCACACUACACCCCUCCGCCCAUGCUGUGCCCCAUCAGGGCGGGGCCCGGCUUGUACUGCUCCCUCGCCACCAGGAGGCAGCAGAAAGCGCAGGUGGUGCAGCUUCACAACACACACAACGGACUCACCGAUCUUGUUUCCAUGGAGACAGCCUCCCCUCCUCCAGGGACGAUACUCAACAAGCCACGGAUCAACGAGGGGCGGAGCUUCCAGGCUGAGAUCCCAUCUCUGCUGGGUCGAGAACACACUGACGCCGACCCCCACAAUUCACUGCUGCUGUGGACGCCGUGUGACGAGCUGGAGCGUCCUGUCAAUCGUCAGAGAGUUGAAGCUCUGAUGAUGAUGGCUCGCUCCAGCGUGGUGCCGGGGGGCGGGGCCAGCCCAGAGUCUGCCCUCCAUGUCCUAUCAGAGUGCAGAGGAGACUUCCUGCUGACGGUGCAGAAACUUCUGUCAACUCCUGAGACCUCCGAUGACCACACAGCGCCGCGCCAUCAGGGUGUGAGGUGGAGCGCAGCAGAGAGGAGGAUGAUGGUCAAAUCUCUGCACCUUCAUCACAAAGACUUCAGACGAGUCCAUGAGACUGUUCAGACUAAGUCCCUGUCUCAGUGUGUGGAGUUCUACUACCUGUGGAAGAAGAAGCUGAGCCUGAUCAGGAGGCCCCCUGCUGGACUGACCAUAUCACUGCCCAACACAAAGGGUCAAAGGUCACCAGGAUCCCAUGAUGCAUCAUGAUCCAGUGCUGGAGUGACACACUACUGACCAACACACACACACACACACACACACACACACACACACACACACAGUAUCAGCUACCAG